AUGCCCAGUGUGUUGUCGAAACGCCCGCUCUCUUCGGAGUGGAGUUCCUUCUUUCAUCAAUUACUUGAAAUAACGAAGUGUGGUCGAGUUGGAAUCCAUCAUGAAAUUGAUUGCGGUCCCAAGCGGCAGAGCCACUCUCGCAUUAUCUAUAGCGAAGUGGAGGCGGAGGACGGUUGGGUAACGCUUCGCCAGAACGGAAUUCUGUAUUCCUGGCCAUUCGAGAAAGUGAUGUUUGCUAGCGGGAACAACACGGAACGAAAGCGAAUGGGGGAAAUCCGUGGAAACGACGAAUUUGUUGUUGAUCUUUACGCCGGAAUCGGGUACUUCACGAUCCCGAUCGCUGUGCGAUCAGGAGCAAAGCACGUUCUUUGUUUUGAAAUCAAUUCGGACAGCGUGGAAGCAUUGAAACGGAAUAUUGAUCAGAACGGAGUUGCGGAUCGAUGUGAAGUUAUAUUGGGAGAUAACAGAAUAACAACGAGACAAUACAAGGAUUUAGCUGAUCGAGUGUUGCUUGGGUUAUUACCCUCUUCAAGAGAGGGAUGGCCUCUUGCUAUGCAGAUUCUAAAGCCAACGGGAGGCAUGUUGCAUGUUCAUGAAAAUGUGCACGAUAAUGAGUUUGAUUCUUUUGUUUCGAAUCUAACUAAAGAAUUGGAAAUUAUAGCACAGCAGAAAGGAAAGAAUUUGCACUGCUCUGUUGCUCAUGUUGAGAAGGUGAAAUCCUAUGCUCCCAAAGUCUUCCAUUAUGUAUUCGAUGUUCUGUGUUCAAUAUAG